UUCUGAUUGACACUUCUGAGACUGAAAAAGCUGGUUUCUUUCUUGGCUGUACUUUGUGCAUGUGCACUGAAAUAAAAUAUGCUCUACAGCAGGGAUAGGCAACUUUGGUCCUGGAGGGCCACUGUUCUGCAGAGUUUAGCUCCAACCCUAAUAAAACAUACCUGAACAAGGCAACCAGUGUUUUCAGGAUUACUAGAUAGAUACAGGCAGGUGAGUUUUUAUGAGGGCUGAAGCUAAACUGCGCAGGAUAGUGGCCCUCCAGGACCGGAAUUGCCUAUCCCUGCUCUACAGUUUCUAAUUGACUGCAAUAUUGGCAGUUCCUUGUUGGAUGUUUCCCUAUUAUCUUCAAUGAAGAAUUGAGCCCAGUGUGUCCUAUUCUUAACCGUGUAAUUAUACUUUCUUCUCUUCUACUCCUACACUCUGUCCUUCCUAUCCACUUCUGGUUGUAUAUUAUAUAAAUGCCUCCCUUUAUCUUGAUCUACCCAAUACUCCUGCCAUUUUGAUCUUGCAUAUGCUUUAAUGAAUGUUUUAGCUUCAGAUUUACUAUAUGGAACUUGUAAUAUUCUAUUGUGUUUCAGUGUUUGUUUUGCAAGUCUAUCAACCUCCUCAUUCCCUUUCACUCCAACAUGUGCAGGUGCCCAGAGAAACCUGAUUUUUAAAUCCUUUGCAUUUAACUUAUACAAAACCAUACAAAUUUGAUGAAUUAUAUCAUUUCUUAUAGAUUUCCCAGUUUUUAUGCUUUCUAAAGCAGAAUAACUAUCAGAUAUAAUCACUGAGUUAUUUAACUCAUUUCCCUCUACCCAUUCCAAGGCCAACAAAAUUGCAACCAGCUCUGUUGUGUAUACUGAUAAAUUAUCUAGCAGUCGAUUCUGUCCCCCUCGAAAUGUCUGUUUCCCCUCGGGUUGCCAGAUCCGUGUAAUAAACCCAACCAAAUAGUUAAUCAAACAUUUUCCCAAAGUAGCCUAUAUUCCGUGGAUUUGGCAACACUGCCGCAUGCAAAUAUACCAAACACACCUGGAUGUAAUGAAAGCAAAAAGGGACAAAUUUCUUGCUACACUGCAGCGUAGUAAAAUAAUUCUCAUACUCAAUUUUUCCAUUGCAAAUUAGUAUAAUCUGUCCAUGCUGACAUCCAAACUCAGGGUAUUAUAUUUCUGUUUCCAUAUAGAGCAACAGUACAUUUGAACUAAUAUUCUAUUUGAUUAAUCUGUUUACCUUCUUACUGAUAACAGUGGAAUAUAGUUCCUCAUAUGUGUCAAACCUAUAUGAGGAAAUUCUAAAUGACAAAAUUCAAGGUGUUUAUCCAUUUGUCUUCUGACUUAAAGCAACUAGCACAUUGACAAUUACCUGUUUUCCAAUUUCAGUUUAAAUGGGUGUAUUCCUUCAACUGGGCCUUUAGAACCUCAUUGCAGGUUAUUUGUUUAGAUUUUAACAAUAAAGCUAUUUCAAUAGAUGGCAAACUUGAUCGCAUCUCCUCAGAAAACAAUGUAAAGUUUAGAAGAAAAGUGGCUUUAGGACAAAAAGAGACCUGCCAAUUUUUAUUUUAGAAAAAAGCAAGCUUGCCAAGCUUGAUAAAAGCAAGCUUGAUAAAUGGUUCAAAAGGCUACUAAAUAUUUUCCUUUUCAACAUUGCUGUGAGACAUAAACUGAUUAUGUUAACAGCAAGGAUGAAUUUAGUGGGGAAAGACACAAGGACCAACAAUGUAAAUGAGUACAUUUAUUGACCAUUACACAAAAUAGCCUAUGCUAUUCUUAAUAAAUAUGAAGCAGGUGUGUACUGCAUUACUUUAUUUCACAGGUUUGGGGCAACAAAGAUCAUUCUUUCAGACCAAAGCACAGAGUCUGUUAACCAGGUUUAUAGUUUACUGAAUAAAGGGUAUAGAGAACACUAUGAAUUAAAAUGUUCAUGUGUGCAUAGGGUUCUGAUUUAUACACAACAUUUAUGGUUUAUUGUAUACUUAUUCUAAUGUAUGUUUUGCCCACACCACACACAAAGAUUGUUUUAAACUUUCAGUGCAUACAUAAAUACAACAACAGCAUGUGAUAAAAAAGUAAACAUAAAUGAGCAUAAAUUAAUAAGUAUACCACUGUAUAAAACAGAAUAGCCAAUGCCUCAAGCAUCACAUUGAAAUAGGUAAUUGAAAAAAAAAAGAAAUACAUUUCAAGUUGAAAAACCUCUCGUCUUAAAACUAUUUUAAAGUUUAGGAUUUAGGACGGUAUUUUGAACUAUUUGGCUUGCCGUACAUCCAGUCACGCUUCUUGCGCACGCUAGUUCUGAUUGUACGAAUAGUAACCAUUAAAAGAAAGGUAGUAACUCUGCAACUAACUACGCACGAAUUGUAGUAUGUUUGCGUAAAGGGGAACAGACAGACAUUCCGAGGAGAACAGAAUCGACUGCUACAUCGGUUCAGACUCGUCAAUUUUCUUCCGUGUCUUCAAGAUUCCUUUUAUCGUCGACUAUAAAAUUAGAUUUGGUGAACUGUCAAAGUUGUUCGGAUGUAUUAGUUCUGUUCGCACGCAUUUUGACCUAUGAUUUUGACUUUUUAGCUGGAUUUAACGGAGGAAGAGCACGCAUUGGGACAAUUUCAGAGGCCACCGGACAACUAUGAAGCUACUACACCCAUCAGAGAGCCUCCUUUAUUUGCUCCUAACCUUUGGACCCUUUCUAGGUGGAUUGUCAAUCCCUGUUGCAGUAAACAUUGGUGAUUCUGCGAUUUUUACAUGUAAUGCGACAUGUAAUGGACAUCUCUUAUGGACAUUCCACACUAACAAUGAAAAUCUGGACGUUAUAAAAUGUGUCCAAGAGACUUGCACCAAAGGAGACAACUUUAAGACCAGAAUGAGCCUUAAGCCUGGAAACAUCUCUACGUCUCUAGCCCUGUAUCCUGUUCUGUACAACGAUGAAGGCUGGUACACGGUCAAAUGUGAUUCAGCGUUUCUCUGUAAUUUCCACUUAGAAGCUCUUGUACCAACUACUGUGAGCACCUCAGUCUAUAGAAACGUCACACUGCCCUGCUACGCACGCACCGAGAAACAAAUCACUGAUGACGCUGUGUACAUCCUGUGGAAAAAAGAUGACCGAACGGUGUUACAAGUUCAAAAAGGAAUUGCAACAUAUGGCUCAGGUUUUACAGGCAGGGUAUCAGUUUCGCUAUACCACUAUAAGGAAGGAGAUCUUUCCCUUAACAUAUUUAGGGUCACCCCAUCAGAUAAGGGAUUGUACCGGUGCUAUCACAGAACUACAGAAGAACAGGGUUAUCCUGGUGCUGUCACUCUUAAUGUUACAGCUGAUCAAAAGAUCUAUGCAAAAAAUUUUGGGGAAAAUCUCUCCCUGGACCUGUUUGGCUCUGAGCAUGUAAAGGUUACUUUCGCCGGUCAUGAUGCAGAUGAGACCCCUGUUUGCAGUGUGACAGGGAACCAAACUACAUGCUCAUCUGAGUACACGCACAGAGUAUCUGUCAUAAAUGACUCCCUCGUGCUGCGUGAGUUAACGUCCACUGAUACAGGCACAUUUACUGUGAAAAACGGGAUGGAUGAAGUCAUUAGUGUCAACACUGUCACUGUGGAGGGUGUGACCCAGAGACAUCAUUACAUACCGCUGUCUGUGCUAAUCGGUUUCUUUUUCAUUUGCCUGUUCCUUUGCUGGCAAUGCCAUAGACAGUCGCAAGCACAGCAGCAUCGCUGCAGUUAUAGUGCAAUACAGUCUGUUGUGAAUAUAAAUCCAGAACCGAUGAGAGAGCCUGCAUGCAUUGGAUUGUCUCAACAAGAAACCAACCCAGAGCCUGAAGUCUGUCCACGCACACCUGUUGAGGAGACCAUGCCUGAGCCUGUGAGGACCACUGAGAAGGAAGACAACACUGAAGAAUAUAUUACUUGUGGAAUAGAAAUUGGAGAAACAAUAUAGGAAUACUUUAAGAGAACUGGAAAAAACUAAGCUGUUCAAAUGUUCUUCCGCUGCUGUAUUAUAUGCAAUGAAAAAGCUGGCAUCAGAUUUAACUGGAUAUUCUUUGAGCAACUGCAUAACUGUGCCAGUGAACAAUAUGUGAAACUUGAAGGGAAAGGAAUUACAUUUUUACUUCAGGAAGCAGCCUAUAGCUCCAGUCUUGUUGGUGAAAUUUAGGCAAAACUUUUUGGCAAAAAAAGAUACAUUUUCCAUUCUCAGUUGUAUAGUGACUCAGCUCAGUCACGUUCAAUUCCAUUUAGCCACAGAAUGUAUCAAUAAUUUAAAGUAUUUUAAUUAUAUUUCACAUAAUGGCGUUUUUCUGAAUGUUUACAUUGCUGAAAGGCAUCUUAAAUCAAUAGACUGGGGCUGCACAACUAUUAUUCUUGUCGUAAUGAUGAUGUCAGAUAUGUCCACACUGGAAAUCCACCUGCUUUACUGUGCUGCUUCUGAAUAAGCAUUAUUCUGCACUUUUUCAUGCUACACUUUGAUAUAUUGCACUUUUUCUAUUGUUCUAUUAUAUUUAUAAGAUUGUGAUACUAACCUUUUUUAUUUAAUUGGUUUAAGUAAAAUGUUUACAAUAUAAAGUAUUACACACACUAAAAUGUU